AUGCUUUGUCCCAUAUGCCAAUCCGAGAUUGGAACUGUGGAACAUCUACUUUUUGACUGCCCUUGGACUAAAGCUGUUUGGUUUGGAAAUGCUAUCAAUUUAAGAGUGGUGAAAGGAUCCAUCCCUAAUGUGGCUUCAUGGACAAAUGAUUUAAUUGUGUCAGGUCUGCCCAAAGAUGUAACAAUGCAACUUCUCAGCAGAGUGGCUACCAUAGGUUGGUAUAUUUGGAAAUCUCGGAAUGAAUUCAUCUUCAACCAUAUCCCUGUGGAUCCCUCAGCUACCCUCCAGUGUAUUGCUCAUGAAUGGGCCGAACGAGAUCUUCUGGUUCGGCUUUCUCAAAAUUCAGUCUCGCCUCUUGAAUCCCCAUCGCCCGAGCCGCCUUCGGCUUGGUCCCCAGCUGCUUAUGGCUGUUUUAAAAUUAAUUGUGAUGCCGCAUUUUGCCAUAGGGCCUCCAAGGCUGCUCUUGCAGCUAAGGCUGUGCAGCGGAUCCACCGACCCUCUCGACCUGACUCAAACACAAAUGGAUAG